AUGAUAAGAGUGAAACACCAGGGAGAGGUAAUCACAAAUUUUUCAAAAUCUUAUCCUUCUCAUUUAUUUGGAAUUUUAAGUGAAGAAAAGGUAUUUUAUUUUAUUUUUUUUUUUUUAACUAAUACACAAUAUUUAGAAGUAGUUUCAAAAUUAAAUGGAUUUUAUAGUGUUUAUAAUGUUAAACCAUUGAUUUGUAGUAUUAUAUUACUUUUUUUAGCAAUGGCAUGUGUUGCAUUUGGAGGUGUAUCAGGUAUAUUAUUAAAUGAUAAUCAAUAUGACCCUUCCUUAUCAUUAUUCAUUUCUCAAACUAUACUGUUUUCAUUUGGUGGAAUCUUUUUUCUAAAUUCAUUUUUAUUUGUAUUUUAUAUUGAAAAAAAACCAAUUUCAAAUGUUCAAAUUAUUAAAGAUGCUAUUAAUAAUAUUAAUGUUGAAUUUUUAUCACAAGAAAUUAGAUUUUCAUUAGAGUUUCAAGAUAAUCAUUAUUAUUUAAAAUUAAUAUUUCCAAAUACUAUACCUCUUACUUUAAAUGGAUUAAAAGAGAAUAAUCCAUUAGUAUCUAAACAGAAAUCAAGUUAUUCACAAUUAAAAGAAGGUGUUAAAAGUAAAAAGGAUAAAAAUGUCACUAUAUAUGAUCCAAGUUAUUCUGAUAGUAGCGAUGAAGAAUAUAACAACAAUAUUACAGAUAAUAAAAAUGAUGAUGAAUAUGAUUAUAACAAUGAAAAUAGCAAUGAAGAUCAUUCUUUUUCAUCCGAAGAGGAGGAAUAA